ACGGCAGCUCCUGGAUCCCUCGGGACUUUCCCCGGGCCACUAGCCUGGUUAGGCUAGAAGGGGGGAGCCACACGUUGGCUGGCGGAACUCACGGGGGCCAAAACGUGAGGUGGCACAACCGACCGCUCAGCCCCAGGCCAAGGCUGGAGCUGCAGGAGAGGGUCAGGCUGCAGCCCACCUGGCCGGACAGAUUUCUGGAGCUCCGAUGGCAAUCGCCAUGCAAGCCUAGCCGGACAGGAGCCAUGGAGCGCUUUGCCGACUCGGGGACCCAGACCGACGCCGUGGUGGUCCUGUCCCUCGCCCAGGCUGCCGUGCUGGGCCUGGUCUCUGAAAACGUGCUGUUCGGCGCCACCGUAGGCCCCGGGGCCUUCUACCCGGCGCCGGAGAACCAGGCGGCCGCGGGGACCGAGCCGGAGCCCCCGGGACCCCCGGAACACCAGCGGGGGCCGGAGGAGACGGAGGGACUGGAGGCGGAGGUGGCCCCCGGGAGGCAUCCGCGCCGGAAGAAGCGGCCGCCUGUGAGGCUGGUGCCCAAGGUCAAGGGCCAGAGGGAGGAAGAGGAGGAGGACGAAGUGGUGUCGGAGGCGGUGGCGGCACCUGAUGUGGGUGAGGGUGAGGAGGGGCCCCCGGGGGGGCCCGGCCGGGAUGCGGGAGGGGAGGGCCCACUGCCGACCAGUGCCGUGAAGAUGAUCGACUUGAGCGCCUUCGGCCGGAAGCCCCGGCGGCUCCGGCGCCCGGCCCGCCCGCAGCCCGAUGGCCCGGCCCACGACCCCGACUUCCCCGACCCACUCCGGGACGGCUAUGGUGACGGCGGCGGCUCGGGUGGGGCGGGCGGGGCCGGUGGCCCCGGGUCCCCGGAGGUGGUGAAGAGCGAACCGGGCUUCGUGUGGCAGGGCGGGGCUGGGCCGGGGGCGGGCGGGGCCCCCGCCGAGCGGCAUAAGAAGGCCCAGCUGGACCGACUGGACAUCAACGUGCAGAUCGACGACUCGUACCUGGUGGAGGUCGGCGCCCGGCAGAAGCGCUGGCAGUGCCGCAUGUGCGACAAGUCCUACACCUCCAAGUACAACCUGGUGACCCACAUCCUGGGCCACAGCGGGGUGAAGCCCCACGCCUGCGCCCGCUGCGGCAAGCUCUUCAAGCAGCCCAGCCACCUGCAGACCCACCUGCUGACCCACCAGGGCACGCGGCCCCACAAGUGCCAGGUGUGCCUCAAGGCCUUCACUCAGACCAGUCACCUCAAGCGGCACAUGCUGCUGCACAGCGACGUCAAGCCCUACAGCUGCCGCUUCUGCGGCCGCGGCUUCGCCUACCCCAGCGAGCUCCGGGCCCACGAGGCCAAGCACGAGGCCGGACGUUGCCACGUCUGCGUCGAGUGCGGGCUGGACUUCUCCACCCUUCCCCAGCUCAAGCGCCACCUGGCCACCCACCAGGGCCCCACACUGUACCAGUGCCUGGAGUGCAGCAAGGCCUUCCACUACCGCAGCCAGCUGCAGAACCACAUGCUCAAGCACCGGGACGUCCGGCCCUUCGUCUGCACCGAGUGCGGCAUGGAGUUCGGCCAGAUCCACCACCUCAAGCAGCACUCGCUCACACACAAGGGCGUGAAGGAGUUCAAGUGUGAGGUAUGUGGCCGGGAGUUCACGCUGCAGGCCAACAUGAAGCGGCACAAGCUGAUCCACACCAGUGUCCGCCCGUUCCAGUGCCACGUCUGCUUCAAGACCUUCGUGCAGAAGCAGACGCUCAAGACCCACAUGAUUGUGCACUCCCCGGUGAAGCCGUUCAAAUGCAAGGUCUGCGGGAAGUCCUUCAAUCGCAUGUACAACCUUCUGGGCCACAUGCACCUGCACGCGGGCAGCAAGCCCUUCAAGUGUCCCUACUGCUCCAGCAAGUUCAACCUCAAGGGCAACCUGAGCCGGCACAUGAAGGUCAAACACGGGGUCAUGGACAUCAGCCUGGACAGCCACGAUCCCAUGAUGGAGCUGACGGGCGGGGAUCCCUCCGAGCUGGAUGGUCAGCAGGAGAUGGAGGACUACGAGGAGGAGAAUGCCUAUGGGUACGGCGGGGUGCCCCACGGCGAUGAGCAGGCCGCCCUGGCAGACCAGGCCAUGAAGGAGAUGGCCUACUACAACGUGCUGUAGCCAGGAGCCGCAGCCCAGCUCUCUCUCCCCACCUCGCCAGCCCUCCAGCUCCCCUGGCAGGGAGGGGGCGGAGAAAGGAGACCCUGCUGCUGAGGAAAUGAGUCCUCUCCCCUCCGGCCCCAAUGCCCCGUCUCCAGCCACAGACCGGGAGUUCCGACUCGUAUCGACCAGCCAGCGACGUGGUCCUCGGCCCCAAGUCCAGGGGGAGACACGGGGGUGGGAGGAAGAGCAGUUUGGGGAUGGGACCCUCCUGGAGAGAGCAGGGGGAGCCCGGUAUCCCAGGGCCACGCCUUUCCACCCGCCUCCACCCUGAGCCUCUCCCCGUCUCCUGUCGGGGCACCUCGUUCAUGCCAAACACUGGAGGCUCUGGGCCGCGGGUUUCUCUUCUUCGUGCCAUCCAACGGUGUGACAGGCUCAUUUCUGCCUGGCUCCCGUAUCACCCCCCUCCGAGGGGCAGGACGGGCACAGGAAGAGGGCUCUCUGAGGGCCCAGGGCCCAUUCCCGCCACCUCAAGUGCACUACGAGAAGGCCUGGGCCGGGGGCGGCCGCCCUCAUCGUGUUCUACCUCCCGGCUCCUCUCCGGACCUCUGCGUCCAUUUCCGGGGCACCGGGUCCCCUCAGCCCACGGGCCAGCCUGUGGCAAAGGACGAAUGUAUUUCCGGCCCAUCCAGGCCGACCCAGCCCUCCUGCCCGAUCCCUCCCCUCCGCCCUGUUGUCCCUUCUCCAUCCUCUCCCCGGGACAGUGACUUCCCAAGAGGCUUUGUUCCCCUGGCCUCAGCCCUGCCUCCCUUCUUCCAUCCAGGGAGAAGGGGCAGGGGUCUCCAGAGUCAAAACACAAGGGACCUGCAGCCUCCAGCCGCUGGGAAAGUCAUCAGGGACAGGGUCAUGGGGGUGGAGCAGGGACUAGGGAGGGUGUGAGGAGCCUGAGGAGGGUUCAUCCCGGUGGAGAAAAAAAAUGUAUUUUCUUAUGGACACGGACCCCCACUCUGGAAGACGGAGAUCAGCCAGUGUACCUGGCCGGUCGGCCUGCCUGCCACCAGUGAGAUGUGGGGCUUAAGGGAAGCCAGGUCUGUACACAAAGUUUGCAGCCAACUGGGGUAUUUUGAGAGUAAUUUAUUUUUUUUUUUCCCCUGACCACUUGCUGAUCUGUGGCAUUUUCUCUUUCACCAGAAAUGGGUUGUUUUAUUUUUUCCAAACUCAGUAAUUCCUGUGUACCAUGUGAGUGUGUGUACGUUCAUGCAUGUGCAAGGUAGGGAUGUAGGCGGGUGGGGGUGUGUGUACAUACAUGUGGGCAUGUGCAGGUAGGGGUGUGUGCAGGAAGAGGGGUUUGUGUGUUUGUACACACGCAUGUGCUGGCAGGUGUGUAUGCAUGUGCAGGUGGAUAGAGGUGUCUAUGCAGGUAGGUGGGGGGGAGGGUAUAUGUGUGUGUGUGUGUAUGUGUGUGCGUGUGCGUGUGUUUUAUUGAUUGAUUGAGACCCGAACCAGAGCGGGCUGUAUCCAAACUCAGGGCUCCGAUGGUAACUGUUGCUGUCAGCACUACACUGUGGUGGACCAAAGACAGAUGUGCUAUCACUACCUAAAGAAAAACCAGGGGGGCGGGGGCGGCUAAUGGGGGCAUGGGCUGUUUCCAUCCAAGGU